GCGGCCAACUGCGUUUGCAGUAAACAAGUAGAGACAAACGAGAAACAAAUAAAUACCUGAAAAAAAGUGUAGAGAAUUAAACAAACGCAGAUCUGUGACAACAGUUGUGAGAUAACCGCUCACAUCAAGUAGCCAUGUCGAGAGAAACGCAGCCGCUGUUAGAAUCAUCAUAUAAGAUUAGAAAGGAUGAAGAAAAUUAUGGAAGUGGGCGAAGCGAGAGCGAGAAGAUCACGUACGUGUGGAGCGAUUUAAACGUCUUCGUCAGUGUGAAAGACAAGAAGGAAUCUCUUUUCGGAAAAUCGACGGAAACCCGGAAGCACAUUUUGCAAAAUGUGAGUGGGAUUGCAAGACCGGGCGAGCUUCUUGCUAUUUUGGGGGCGAGCGGCGCGGGAAAAACGACCCUGUUGAACGCACUCACCUUUCGCUCUUCGUCAAAGAUGAUAAUUUCCGGUUUCCGCUCGGCCAAUGGGGUGCCGAUGGCUAGAUCCGCUUUGACCAGUCAGAGUGUUUAUGUUCAACAAGAAGAUCUCUUCUUUCCCAAUCUUACAGUCCGAGAACAUCUUAUAUUUCACGCUUUGGUGAGAAUGGAUAGAGAAAUCCCGUAUAAAGCGAGGAUCAAACGGGUGGAACAGGUCAUCAAAGAGUUGAGUUUGACGAAAUGUGCUGAUACUCACAUUGGAUUGGGAGCCGGUCUUAGCGGUGGAGAAAAGAAAAGAUUGGCCUUUGCGUCUGAAGUUCUCACCGAUCCGUCGCUGAUGUUCUGUGACGAACCGACCUCGGGCUUGGACUCCUUCAUGGCUUCCAACGUGGUGCAGGUGCUUAAAGAUUUGGCCAAAACUGGUAAAACCAUCAUCUGCACCAUCCACCAACCUUCUUCGGACCUCUACUCGAUGUUCGACAAGGUCUUGCUGAUGGCCGAGGGUAGAGUAGCCUUCAUGGGUACACCAAUCGAGGCAAACCAAUUUUUUCAGAGUUUGAACGCUCCUUGUCCGCAUAACUAUAAUCCUGCCGAUUAUUACAUCCAAUUGUUGGCAGUGACACCGGAAGAGGAGGAAUCGUGCAGACAGGCGAUUACCAUGAUCUGCGAUGCCUUUGAGGGCAGCGAGUUCGGUCAGAAAAUGGUUCAGGAAUCGCAGCAAAUAGUGAACGUGGAUGAGGAUUAUAGGUUUUGGGCUGGUCUGGAAGGUGCGGAAAACCCUUACAAAGCGUCGUGGUUUGCGCAGUUCAGAGCCGUUUCGUGGAGGUGUUGGUUGAACGUUGUUAAGGAACCGAUCUACAUCAGAGUUCGCCUUCUGCAGACUAUACUUUCCGCUUUUAUAAUCGGUUUCUUAUUCUUUGGACAAACGGCGACUGAGGCUGGCGUGAUGAACAUCAAUGGAGCCAUGUUCAUCUUCAUCACCAGCCUCACGUUCCAAAACAUUUAUGCCGUAGUUUCGGUGUUCUGCGCCGAGUAUCCCAUAUUUUUAAGGGAACAUCUAAACGGGAUGUACCGUACGGACGUCUACUUCAUAUGCAAAACCCUAUCCGAGGUGCCGAUCUUCACCCUCAUUCCUGUGUUCUACGUGUCCGUUUGUUACUACAUGAUUGGCCUCAACCCAGAAGUGUCUAGAUUCUUAAUAGCCAUAUCCGUCGUCGCACUUGUCAGCAACGUUUCCAUCAGUUUCGGUUACCUAGUAUCAUGUCUCACCGACAGCGUAUCCAUGGCGCUCUCUAUAGGUCCUCCUAUCAACAUACCAUUACUACUGUUCGGUGGAUUCUUUCUGAACGUAAAGUCGAUCCCCGUCUACUUCGAGUGGUUGUCAUUCUUCUCCUGGUUCAGAUUUGGGUACGAAUCAUUGAUGAUCAACCAAUGGGACGGAAUAGAGCAUAUAAACUGCACACAAGGCGCAGUGUCUUGUCCGCAAAGCGGCGAAAUCGUCUUAAAGAUUUACAAUUUCUCCAAAGAUAAUCUGGUCACGGAUAUUGUCAUGCUCUUCGCUCUGACGAUCAUCUUCAAGCUGCUCGCCUACUCAGCCCUGCUAUUCAAGACCCUGCGCCGUGUGUGUAUUACACUCGGGUUUAUUACAGAGAAAUACAUACACACACGCAUAACAGACACGUUAAAGACGAUGAGCAGUUCAGGACGCACCUCAUUGGCGAGCAGUAGCAGCAGCAGCUUUACUUCGACUUCGCGUGGAAACGGCGAGAUCGAUUUGGACGUUCUUAAGAGAACCAUAAAACAGGAUGAUCAUGAACUGGUGGAACGUAAGCACACACCCACCCACUUCAAUCGAAGCUACGACAGAUGGUCUCCGCAUGAAGAAGGCGCCACCAUCGCCUGGCGGGACCUGAACGUCUUCGUCAGAGACCGAAAAGGUGAUCCGGUUUCCAUCAAAACCAUAAUAUCAGGAGUAACCGGUGCGAUUAAACCAGGCAGUUUGGUUGCUUUGAUGGGAUCCAGUGGAUCUGGGAAGAGCACUCUUAUGUCUGCGUUAGCGUACCGGACUUCUAAAGAUUUAAUUGUGGAGGGUGACAUUUUGAUUAAUGGACGCGCGAUCGGUGAUUAUAUGAGGCACAUGAGCGGGUUCAUGCACCAGGAGGACCUCUUCGUCGGUUCUCUCACGGUGUACGAACAUAUGGAGUUCAUGGCUCGCAUGAAGUUGGAUCGAAGGGUUUCGCGACGGGAAAGGGAAGAAAAGAUAGACGAUAUUCUGAGGAAACUGGGUUUAGCGAGGCUGAGGAAUACGCGGAUCGGGCUCAGCGGAGAGAAAAAGGUGCUUUCGGGUGGUGAGAAGAAACGGUUGGCUUUUGCCGCAGAGUUAAUAACCGAUCCGCAAAUACUGUUCUGUGAUGAGCCGACUACUGGUCUAGACUCGUAUUCUGCACAGAAAUUAGUGGAGAUGAUGAACGAUUUGGCGGCGAAGGGUAAGACAAUAGUCUGCACGAUUCACCAACCUUCGAGCCAGUUGUUUGCCAUGUUCAGUCAACUAAUUUUGCUUGAGGAUGGUCGGAUCGCGUACAUGGGAUCGGCCUCCAGCGCUGACGACUUCUUCAACAGCAUGGGUUACGGUCGACCAGCCAACUAUAAUCCAGCUGACUUCUUCGUCCGAACUUUGGCACCGGUGCCCGGAUCUGAGGAGGCGAGCAGGAUGGCCGUGAAAAGGAUUAGUAAUAAUUUCUCGCUGAGCGAUCACGCCAAGGAGGUCGACGUCAUUGUCCAAUAUGAAUUUCACAUGGGCGCCGCCAUCCAGCACUCCAAUUUCGACUUCAGGGCCAACUUUAAAGAGAUCUUCUGCUGGACGAGAUUCGCGUUAAUCACGCGGCGCCUCCUCACCGAUACUUUUCGUAAUCCCGCCACCCUCUACCUGAGACUCAUACAGAGCGCGGCAAUCAGUUUUAUGGUCGGAAUGUGUUAUAUAGGGACAGAUCCGCUAACGCAGAACGGGAUACAAUCACUGCAAGGAACCUUGGCCAUCAUCGUCUGCGAGAACACAUUUCCUGCGAUGUACGGAGUUCUCGCAGAGUUCCCAGAAGGUUUACCUCUCUUCAUGCGCGAAUACAAAUCCGGGAUGUACAACACCGGCACCUACUACGCGGCCAAAGUCAUCUCCAUGUUACCAGUGCUGAUGGUGGAGCCUAUACUUUUCCUCCUCAUCCUGUACUACCUCUGCGGUCUGAGGAAUACUUUGUAUAGUGUAGUCAUCUGUUGCCUCACCUCCGCGCUCAUCAUGAACACUGCUUGUUCCUGCGGAUUAUUAUUUUCCAACGCCUUUGAAUCCGUGGCCUCCGCUAUGCUUUGGCUUAUACCAUUCGAUUAUAUCCUGAUGAUAACUUCCGGGUUUUACAUGAAUUUAGAAUCUAUCAGCGUAUAUUUAUCGUGGACGAAGAAUUUGUCGUGGUUGAUGUACGGAAUGGAAGCAAUGACUAUAAUUCAAUGGGAAAACGUCAACAAUAUAACUUGUGAACAUUCCGAUCCACGCUUACCUUGCGUCAGCAACGGUGAACAAGUUCUUAAGCAGUACGGAUUCUCGGAGGAUCACUUGAUUCGCGACCUCGUUGGAAUGAUCGUCCUCUGCCUAUCCUUCCACACUUUAUCAUACCUCUUCCUCCUGCGAAAAAUCAGGAAAUAUUGAAUCUAUUUUACAAUUUUUUUUUUGAUUAAA